AUGAAACUUUUAAAGAAUGUUGGUGAAGCUGUUGGGAAGCUCACCUUUAGAAUGGAUGAAGUUGAUGAGUAUUUUGACUUGAAAGAUGACGAAUUGGAAAAUUGGGAUAUACAAGGCAGUCGACUCUACGCUGCUUUCUCAAAUUUAGUCUUAGAUCAGAAUGAUCUGGUGGCUUCUACUCUAACCUCAUCAAAGGCACUUUCUGCGUUGGCUAAUGUGGAGGAACAUACUGGGUUGGCUAGAGCAUUGGGCCAGCUUGCUGAUACUGAGGAGCAAUUGGCUCAUUUCUUGUCGGUUGAGGUCGAGGCGCAAUCAACCUUCUUGGUUGAGUACGCAAAAGGUGUGCUUUCUAGCGUUCAGGCUUGCAGAGAUACCUUAGCAGAACGGGUUCGUGCGUGUAAGAUGCGUCGAGAUUGCGAGUCUGCUCUGCGAGGGAAACGUGAGCAGAAGGUGCGCAUCGAAAUGUCCCCCAAGGCAGAUCGCGCCAAAAUUCCCAUACUUGAACGUGAAAUUGGUGAACUAGCUCAUCGCGUAGAGGAGAGUGAAGAAGAGUUUGAAAAGAUUUCAACGACAAUUAAAAGGGAGUUUGAACGUGUUGAUGAGGCUCGCUUUAAGGAAUUUAGAGAAGCAGUGCUCUCCUACCUGACAAUGAUGCUUCAAAUGCAAGAAAAGACUCUUAAGGUAUGGGAGUCCUUCGUAGGCCAUGCCAAAGCUAUUGAAUGA